CCGCGCCCAGCGCCGCCUCCCCUCCCCUCCCCUCCCCUCCGCCGCCUUCUUCUUCAGUGCCGAGCCGGACGGGGACCGGAGCGCUCCUCCUGCCUCCUCCUCCUCCUGCCUCCUCCUGCCUCCUCCUCAAGCCCAUGAAGCCAAAGCCAUGGAGCGCAGGACAAGCGCCGCUCCCGGGGAAGAAGAAGACGGCGAGGAAGUUUUGCUCUCGGGGACCUUCUCGCUGGCUCCGGACCCGCAGCCCAACUACGCCCUGAGCCUCACCAAGGGCGCCCAGCUCCGGGUGCGGAGGCUGGACGGAGCCUCUUCCUCCUCCUCGUCGUCGUCGUCUUCGUCGUGGAGCGUGUGCCUGUCGGAGUGCGUGGGCUGCCAAGCGGCGCAGAGCCCCGGCGCCCCGCAGCCUCCCCCGGCCGCCUUCUUCACGCUCUUCCUCUACCCGGCCCGGAGGGGCUCCUGCUGGUGGGACGCCUCCGUCUCGCGGCAGCGCCUCGUGCGCACCUUCGGCGCCUGCGCCUCCCGCGAGCCCGCCGAGAACCGCCGCCUGGCCGAGAAGUGGGCCCACGAGAUCCGCCGCCUCGCCGCCCCACGCCCGCCCCCGGGAACAGGAGUAACAUAUGGCCUCCUCCCUCGGCCCUGUCGAGUGAUGAUUCUGCUGAAUCCACAGAGCGGAUCAGGACGGGCUCCACAAUUGUUCAGAUGCCAUGUCCAGCCAAUGCUGAAGGAAGCCAACAUAGGAUUUGAUAUGUUUGUAACUGAGAGGCACAACCAUGCCUGGGAUAUGGUGAAAGAGAAGGACUUGUCCAGGUGGGAUGCCUUGGUGGUGAUGGCUGGAGAUGGCUUACUGUAUGAGGUGAUCAAUGGACUGAUGGAGCGUCCCGACUGGAGGUCUGUGAUCCAGAAGCCUCUUUGUAUCCUCCCAGGAGGCUCUGGAAACGCCCUGGCAGCUUCUCUCAAUCAUUAUGGGGGCAAGGGCAGCUUUGUCAAAGAAGAUCUGCUAAUGAACUGCACAUUCUUUCUAUGCAAAGGCCUGCAUGCUCCUAUGGACUUGGUGUCCCUACGCACAGCUUCAGGGAAGCGCCUCUUCUCCUUCCUUAGCUUUGGCUGGGGUUUCGUCUCCGAUGUGGACAUUGCCAGUGAAAGAUACCGUAAACUAGGAAGUAUCCGCUUCACUGUGGGCACAUUCCAGCUUCUGGCCUGUUUCCAGGUUUACAAGGGCCGUGUUUCAUACUUGCCAGUUGAAGAGCAAAACCCCUGCACAGACUCCUCGCUUCCUCCUGGAGCACAGAAGGACACAUCAGCACAGGAUGCAGCCCAGAUGCUCUCCAACAACAUCGUGUCCCCAGCUGUGCCUGCACAGCCUGGUCAGGACUCUGUACUUGAGGACUCCCUGUUGGUACCUUUGGAGCAACCGGUUCCUCAGCACUGGACUGUAGCACCUCAGGAGGAGUUUGUCUCCAUCGUAGCUAUCUUUCAGUCCCACCUGGGAGCAGACCUCCUUCUGGCUCCUUCAGCCAAGCUGUAUGAUGAUGCAAUCCACCUUUUCUAUUUGACUUCUGGGGUCUCCAGGAUGGCCAUGAUCAAAUUCUUCAUGGCCAUGGACAAAGGGACACACCUGUCUCUCAACAACCCCCACCUUCACUAUGUGCCUGUGAAAGCCUUUCGGGUAGAGCCCUUUGAGCCCAAGGGCGUCAUGACAGUGGAUGGUGAAGUGUUGGCAUGUGAACCCGUACAAGGCCAAAUUCAUAGACGGCUUGCGCGUAUCAUCACAGGCUCCUGAGUGACCUGAAGCCUUUGGAGAAAGUAGCAAUAAUUCUGGGCACAACGGACUCGUGUAAGCAUGGAGCAGGAUGGGGAGAUUUCACUGGUGCUCUACCUGAUCAAGAAAACGUCAACUGAUCAUUCUCAGGGUGAACUGGGCUUUAGAUCAGCUACUUAGUAAUUACAAUAAGAACGCCUAUUUUGUGUUGGCAGACUGUGUUCUCUCUCCAGUGCUGUGCAGCAGUAAAGUCCGCUUUACAGUCUUCCUGCUCUGCAUAGCCCUAGAGGGAGAGAAAGUAGGUCUCCAAAUUAAACCAAAGCCAGCUCCACUGCAAAGCUGUUUUGCCCUUCAUCCCAAGAUCAAACCCUUCAUACCAAGCAGCUGAAGCAGAGGGCAUGACAUCAUCUUAAUGCAGUGUCUGGAUAAAAAUGGCUCAGUCUCAUGCCACUUUUGGGACCACUUUCAGCCUCUCAUUUUGUAGGGUUUUUUAAUUAUAAAAAAUACUAAAGUUGUAUGUAGUGAUAAAUUAUAUUCUUAUGGAGAGAUUAAAUAAAGAUGCAGCUUCUUCAAAAAAGCAAACAAGCCGUGAAAGAAAACAAAAAUUGAUUUCAGUUCAGAGUGGUGCCAACAACUCUGGUGUUUGUUAAGACUGAGGCUGCCUCUUUUCUCUUCAAAGAACAAGUAGCUUCUGCGAUGGGUGUAUAUUAUGUUGCCUUCCAGAUAUAUUGGGCUGCAGCUCUUGCCUGCCCGACCUCACGCCGCUGAUGUGAAUGCUCGGCUUUUCAGUCUGGCAACAUCUGGUGGACUCCACAAUCCCCACUCUUGUCUUAGGAUGCCAUUCAGUCCACAUGUCUCCUCCCACUGCAGCUAUCAUAUCCUAAUUGAUACCUUACCCUUUUGACUUUCUCACAUAAGGGGUUCAUUAGCAAACGGAGUAGUUAAUUGGUUACUUUUAAUCCAGAAAAUUAGAAGAUGGGUGUACAUACUCUCCAGCAAUUACAUACCUCCAAUUUGUUUUAAAGUGGCCACUUACAUAUGUUUGGAUUCCUUGACUGCCCUAGGGGACAAGUCAACAUCAGCAGCAUCUAUAGCCUCUACCAAUGACAGUGCAAGGUAACCGAUCUGACAGCUUGCCAGCACUGCCAAAAAUGGUGGGAAGGAAUUAUGGCAGUCUUACCACAUUUGCCUUGUGCUUAGAAAAUAUACACUCUGAAAUUUGCCCAACAGUCUUGUAAAAAAUGAUGCAGUUUGUUAGGGGACACAACUUUAGCCCCAACCAAGUUGCACACCAAGAUUUUGUGUAACACAUCCAAUAUUAGCCUAAAGGUGGGGGAGGUUAAAAAGUAAUUUGCUCAGAUUUUUUUUUGUUCAGAAAACAAAAGCUUCAGCAAUAAAGCUGUUUUCAUUUUUAAAGCCA